AUGACCCAAACAACACAAAAGACUAUUGGAAGCAUUCAAACAAUCAUUCUCUAUCGAAAACGGCCUUGUAGAGAACAAAAUUUUAGCAAAUGGAAAAAACAAAAACGCAGCUUUUCUCCUUGCCUAGGCUUUUCUGUUGUUGGAGGUGUGGAUUCGCCUAGAGGGCCGAUGGGGAUUUUUGUUAAGACAAUAUUUCCUAAUGGAUUAGCUGCGAGAAGUGGACUUUUGAGGACGGGUGAUGAACUCCUCAGUGUUUGCGGUAUCCCUCUGCAAGGAAUGACUCAAGCAGAAUCUCUCCAAGUUUUUCACAACACUAAAAAUCGUUCAGAAGUUAUAUUAUGCAUAAGAAGAUCAUACCUGCCUUUCAAUAAAUUAAACAGAUAUAACAACACAAAAUUUGUUAAUGACCUAACAAAAUUUAAUCAGGCAUUUUUGGCGGAUAAUAAAAUAGAGGGAGUGGACUUGAGAGAAGGAAGAGGUUCUUUAAAACGACAAAUAUCAACUGGUGCUAAGAGCGAUAAAAAUGUUAUUUUGCGAACUAAGAGACGUCUGGGCAAGCGGUUGUUUUUGGGAACAAAAAUGAUAAAAUCAAAAAUAAUUUUAAAACGUCAAACAUUGGACGAACGUUUAGGUAUUGCUAUAGCUGUAGAGAAUGAUGAAAAUAAUGGGAGAGUUUUAUGCGUUCGAAUAGAACAAGUGGAAGAAGGUUCCGCUGCCCAACGCAGUGGUUUAUUACCUGGAGAUGCAAUUAUACGAAUUGAUGGGAUAAGUGUUAAUAGCUGUACAAGAAUUGAAUGUUUGAGGCUUUUUGCCGACGCUAAGCUUUUAACAGAAUUGGUUAUUUUGCCUGUUGAAAUAAUGGAAGCGAUCGAAAAAAUUGGAGGUGCGAACGAAGAUGGAAUUUAUAAAAAUAUGCAAAACAAUAUAAACAUGAAAAAGCCGGCACGAGGUAAUUAA